AUGCUUCGAAUUCUUUCACUUUUACUAACCUUGAUUCCGAUCACACAUGGAAUAAAUUGUGUAUCUUGUACUGGUUGGAGUAACUCAGGAUGCAAUGAUCCGUAUGAUGAAACUACAUCAGGCGAUCUUCCAGUUCCAGGCAAUACCUAUUGUUUAAAAGUGGUCUAUCCAAACUAUAUAGAAAGGAUGGCUGGUGGUCGAACAUGUACCCCUGGAAGUAGUGUUGGUGGUAGCGUCCGUUAUUGUUGUUCCAAUAAAGAUUAUUGUAAUCGAGCAUCAAGUUGUACUGCUUCUUUGACCGUUAUUGAUAGUUAUGAUAUAUUUAGUAGUCGGCUAUCAUCAUUACCUUCCAAUCAAUCAUUUAUUGCAUUACUCAGUGCAAGUAGAUCAAGCAAACGUGCUCAAGCAGCAGUUAUUAAACGUUUGACAAAAGAAUUAACUAAGACACAUUCAAUUAAAGGUCGUAUUGCACCAUUCUCAUAUGUUGACAUAGGUCCAAACUUAAUACAUGAAAUCACAACUGAUUCUGGUAUUGAUUCAUUGUGGAUACCUGCAAAAUCAACACCAGAAAUUUUACAUCCUUUAUUCAAUAGUCUUGCAUGA